AUGCAGCCCCUAUAUUUGAGUGCCACCGAGGUGUGGGCUGUACUCGCUUUAACCUUUGGUUUGUCUCUGUACACCUCUUCGGCUGAAGAAAUGUAUAUAGAGAGAAAUCCAGCCUUGGGAGUCUAUCAAGAUGAGUCUCGUCAAUACCCAAUCCAAGGAACGUGGUACAUGUUAUACAGAAACUACAAGACUGAUCCCAUUUUUGGUGGAACUGCCAAGUGUGUCAGAUUCUCUCAAACCGGAGUAGGGCCCAAUGGCGAGAAUCUGGUUCUUUUUGAGUUUGAUAAUGGCUCAGUUAAUCUUAACUCGACGCUGUCUUCAUCCCCCGGAUAUUCCACGAAGAACAUUGUAAACGUACAACCCUUCGGUCAAACUGAUUCCGCAGAGAUGAUCACCUCAUUUGUGGACCCCCUGGAGUGUGAUAUUCUUAGAAUUCCAUCUAUAAGCGAAAGCGCAUGUGUGCUCAUCGUCCCGGAAAGCCGUGUAAGCAAUCCACCAGAAUGCUGCGAAUUCAUCUUUGAUCUCCUGUGCGGCACAACACCAAAGUACGAGAUCUAUGAUGAGAGCUGCUCGGGAUAA